AUGGCUACGUAUUCCUUCUCAUUUGCUCUAAUGAAGGAGAAGCGGAAAGAGAAAAAACAUAAAAAGGACAAGGAUAAGAAAGAAGGUAAAGAAAAAAGGGAUAAAGACAGAAGUGAUGGGAAACACAGAGAAAAGAAGGACAAAAAGGAUAAACACCGGGACAAGAAGGAAAAACACAAGGACAAAAAGGACAAGGAUAAGGAUAAAGAGAGAAGCGACCUCUCUGAAGAGGCAAAAGUUGCUGUUCCACCUGGGGCUUCUAGCGGACAGAAGCUUCCUAGUGGAGAUUACAAAAAUGAAAGCAUCAACUCACAGGAAGCGAAAUUCCAUGAUCAGUCUCAUGGCCAGCUUGCAGAAAAGCUCUUUAAAUCCAGCCUCCCCGUUGUUGAGACAGAGGAGUCUAAAUAUGUGCAGGAUUUGGCUAGGAGGCUUAGAGAUGACCAGAAUGGCGCAGUCAGUCAGUUGGCUAAGAGAUUUCCAGUUGAGUCGAAAAGGGAUGCGAAGUCAAACAGUAUGUAUAUCAAGGAUUCGUGUAAUUUGGCUAGAGAAAAGGAAAAGAACAAGGAGAGAAGUGAUUUUAGCAACAAGAUGGAUGGACAACAACUCAGAGUUGAACCGAGAAUUGGUGCUAAUGCAAAACUUCCAAGCUUUUCAGAGAUGGAAAAGAGAAACUUUCAUGGAUUGCUACCACCAUUGGAAGAGAAUGUUGAGAACAGGAGAGAGGACAAAGAGAAAUCCAAAGGAAGACGAGAUGACAAACCAAGAGACAAGAAGAAGAAAAAAGAAAAGGAUGCGAAAAGUCAUGGAAAGGAUAAAGAAAAGAAAAAGGAAGAGAAGGGGAAGGACAAAAGUGCACACAAGAAAAGUGAAAAGGAUAAAUCAGAGGACAUCAAUCGGAGCAAUUUUGUCAGUGUUAGUAACACCAACCACCAAGCUCCAGUUGUACUCAAGGAUACCAUUGCUGGAGUCACAGAGGGAAAUCAUAGAAAAAGAAAGGAUAUUGAAACAAAUGGUUUCCUGCAUGAGAAUGAAGUCAGACCUGCUAAAUUGCUGCGGCCCUCAUCCUCUCAUCAGCCCACACUGAAUGGAAAGAGAUUAGAGAUUCACCAAAAAGCAGACAUGUUAUCUUCCAACAAACAAGGUGUUGUCACCAAUAUUCAGGUGAUAAACAAGGAGCAGAGUCUCAAUGGUACAAGUAAGUUGUCCAACAAGCAUGGAGUUGGCACUGAUAUUGAGAUGGGAAACAUGGGGACUCACCAAAAAACAGACGUGUUGUCUUCCCACAGAGGAGGUGUUGCCACCGAUACUCAGGUGAUAAACAAGGAGAAGAGUCUCAAUGGUACAGUCAAGUUAUCCAACAAGAAUGGAGUUGCCACUGAUAUUGAGAUGUCAAACAUGGAGACUCACCAAAAAGCAGACAUGUUAUCUUCCCACAAACAAGGUGUUACUACCGAUAUUCAGGUGAUAAACAAGGAGCAGAGUCUCAAUGGUGCAAUUAAGUUAUCCAACAAGCACAGAGUUGCCACUGAUAUUGAGAUGGGAAACAAGGAGCUUGGGGUCAAUGGUACAAUUAAGUUACCCAACAGGCACGGAGUUGCCACUGAUAUCGAGGUUGGAAACAAGGAGUGCAGGGUCAAUGGUACAAUUAAAGGUCAGCCAUUAACUAUGUCUAAACCAAAGACAUUGGUUCAAUCUAAACCAAAGGCUUCUUCCAUGUCUCCUGGUGCUGAUCAUAUUGCUGAAGCGUCUAAAAGACCUCCUCAUCCCGAUUCCAAGUAUCUGAACCAGAUACUCUCAGUUCCCAAGAUGGACGGGUGGUCUGGAUUUGAUGACCAGGAAUGGUUGCUUGGAAGCAAGAGUACUCUGGUUAGGAAACCCGACGUGUGUCUUGAUGAAGCUAAGGACCAUCAGGUAUGGUCAGAAGCUUUGCAAAUAGACUCUGCUGAUGUUUUUGCUCUCCCAUACGUAAUACCUUAUUAACUGCUGUUGACAUGAUGAGUUUCGAAGGACCAAACUAAGCUAUUUGGCUCGGAAAUGCCUAUGCUGGGCUCUCAGUUGGAUUCUUUCUCACCUUCCUACUCUGAUGGCCGUUCUGAUAUUGACUCAACAGUUAGGUACAUCGAUCACCAUUGCUGUUCUUUCUCGCGGGCUUGACACAAAAACCAUUUGUUGCCAUGUGCUUGAACAUUUUACUGUUACAGCCCCAGAUGAAACUAACCUUUGUGUGUAGGAGGUUGCAUGCAUAAAAGCCUAGAUGCCAUUCUAAUUGUGAGUGUAAACAAAACUAGUAUUUGUGGUCUGUACAACUCCACACAAAUUUUGAUUUUGUAAUAUAGAACUCUGCUAUAUUGUAAGAUAAGAGGGGGCAAAAGGAAGAAAAAAAAAUCAAAUAUAAGUAGCAGCAGCUGAAUUCAUUUUAUUUUAUUCA